UGGUUUCUAUUAUCCUUCUCCUUGGGUCAACUCGCUUCAGAACCAGUCACGAGCAUCUCAAGACUCAAGAGUAUUCUGCUCUAUCAGUAGUUGCUCAGUGCUCUCAGUGUCAGUUUACUUUUGCACUCUGCGUUUGGUAGUACACUAGCAUUUGUCUCUUUUUUAGUGGCAGAGAGGAAAUUUCAUUUAAUAUUCGUGUCAACUUUACCCUUCAAUUCGAGCUAAAUCUUCUUAUUUGGCGUCGUACAUCAUCGCGUCGUAAGUAGCUAUUCGUUUCGAGGAGAUUCUCAAUUUCCAAGUAGGUUUGGAUUGAAAUGGAGUCGAAUCGAGAACUGGAAAUGGAUGGAACCACUUCUGACGUAUAUGAUAUUUUUCAUCCAACUCCAGUACCCCUGAAAGAACUUGCAGCGAUCGCCGUUAGCCUCGAAGUAUGGCGCUUUAAAGUGAAGGAAUAUCGUAAUAAUCGCAAAUUGAAAGAGUUUUGUCCAUCUGGUGAACGUAUCUCAUUGAAAAAAAUGCUGCCUGAUUUACCAUCCAUGAUUUAUACAGCGAUCGAUAAAUACGUCAGAAGAUUUGGGCCUUCGAUGGAAACUUGGCUAAAGGAGCACCAUGAUAGAAUAUUCUACUUUUUUUACUACUACCACUACUCAGUUUUAGAAUACUUCAACAAUUUUGUAUGCGAUUAUACCGGCACAAUUGAUUAUGUGAGGACAGCCGGACGCAUGAUUCAUUGUGAUCAAUUUGAUGAGGAUCUAAAGUUUGCGAUCGCUUGUACAUAUUUUUUUGAAGACGAUAUCAGACAACUUUGGCCAUUAGUAUCUGGAAACUUGAACGGGAUUAGUGUUGAUUUUUCAAAAAGCCCGCAAUUGUGUUACUGGAUUUGUUGUCUUCGAAAUGAAUUAAAUAAGAUACCAUCUGCUGAAAUUAACAGCAGUAUCGAAAAAGUAAUGUUGGAUGCAUUCAUGCCUCACAAUAGACCAUCGAUAGAGUAUUUUUGGAAUCGUUUACCAUCAGAAAAUCGACUGACAAUGAGAAUAGCUUCCGAUUUUUUUACCCGUGAUAAACUAUCUUUUGCUCGGUUCAUCUUACCAAAGCUAAAUGAUCAACAGCUCGAAGAAUUUGUUAAUGAAAAAAGUUAUGAACUGAUAUGUACUCCAUUCAAGAAUGUUUGGUACGAUAAAGCAGAAUUGAUUCUGCCAGCUUGGAUGUACAUUAGAAAAUCCAUAAAUGUAGAUGGGUUUACGAAACUGGUAGUGAAAAUGUUGCAAAAUGAGUUGAUGACAUACCCUCUCGAGACCGAGAUCACUAUUGGUGAAAUUCUUGAUCCCAGAACUCGGUUCGAUUUGUGUUGUGAAAUAUGGAUCAGUUCUCCAGAAAAUUUGAAACGUUCGGCGAUUGCAGAAAUUAUAUCUAAUAACAGGUUGUUUAGUAACUCGAACGUUCGUGUUAACGUUAUGUCAUCUGUUCCGAGAGACUUCGAAUUCUUAUUGACUUUCCUAUCGGAUGCCACUUCUGUAGAGAGAAGUAAAUUUUGGUUCGAUAGCUGGUUAGAAUUGGUUGAAAGCACACGAUCCAAAGAUUUGGCAAAAAUAAUGAAACUGUGUUUUGAAAACGAAGAUGAGAUCGCACAAUUCAAAGAGAACGUCAUUGCCAAUAGCGAUAGUGUCCGUUUCUUUUGUAGAAUUUUACAGGUUAGAAUGUGUUUAGACGAAUUGAAUGAAUUUGCCAAUUUCUUAUUUACCGAAAUACAAGCAGCUAGAAAUUUCAAACAACAAGUGUUACGUCUAGGUUAUCUUGGCAGUGAAAAUGAUUUUAGUGAUGCGACUUUGCGAAAAACAAAAGAAUUUAGUAAAUUCAUUGACGAUGCUUUUGGCAAUAUCGAUCUCUCUGCGAACUUCAAAAAUCAACUCCUGUCUGCACCUGAAAUGCAACGAAAAUUGUCGGAUUUUGCUCUACUGGUGUCUUAUGAGCAGCUCGUAAUUGAGUUCAUCGACACAUUCAUUUCGGCAGAAAACCCCUUACUGGAGAUAAAAGCGCGUAUAAUUCGUGCAUUGAAAAUACAAGCAGCUCUUUGUAAAUCGUCGAAGUCCAAAUUUCCUCACACUACACUUUUAUUCUGGUGUUUGGGUAGCCAGGAGGAAGUUACCAAAUUCAAAGAGAAUUAUUUAUGAUCCUUCGAAGUCACUUCUGCUUCAGACGAGAAUUUGUUGUAAAGUUUUUCCUCCACCACCAUCAACGACAUUGCCAGUGUUGUAAAUUUUAUUUUGGUGGGUCAACUAUUUAAAUUUUUCUUUGUUUGUAGCGUUUGGUGAUUGUUUUUCAUUUAACCUUCAUUAUUCUAUGUGUUGACAGAUACUUGCUUACAUGUAAAUAAAAACUUUUAUUUUUUGUUAAUUUGUGUGAUAUUUUUUUUAUAAUUAUCUACUACUUAUUCCUUUUUUAAUUCUUUCAUUUUAUGUACCUAACAUGCAUAAUUCUCGAUGUGAUCAUAAUCUGCAAUUAAUUAAAUUUUAUCAUUACGCGUUGA